UCUAUCGCGAGAUUUGAGCAGCUGUUUAGUGUGUGGUUUUUUUAGGCUGGUAGUUGUCGGACAGCACGUGGGGGUGAGAUUGACUUUGGACCGGGACACUUUUUCCAAAACGACUUUUCCUCCGCUGUUGUUCUCAUCGUGGCGACGACAAGGACCUUGAAAUACUGUGUAGCUGCUAGCAUCCUGAGAUGCCUCUAAGGUUUCGUUCGAUUGUGCCCUACACACUGCCUGGAGUCCUUGCACUGAUCGGUUGGUGGUGGUACACCUCCCGUAAGAAAGAGCAUCUCAUCAGCCAUGACGACCCAGAUGGAGGUCCAGCUCUUGCAACACUAAGUUUCUCUUCAUCAGUCGGUAGCAAUGGUGUGGUUGAGAAAGACACUGUAUCCAUCACAAACAACACUGAACACCACCUCACUUGCUCACGUGCAAGGAUCCCUACAAAAGACGGGGAGCAUGACAAUAUCUCUCAAAACCAUGGUGUUGAUACAAAUGAAUCAUCAUUGGUGGGACAGACUUUUAAAGAUGCUGCCGUUGAGACGUGUGGAAUAAAAGAGGAAGUUAAGAAACCUACAGUCUCAACUCUACCACAAUAUGAGCAGGAUGAGAGGCUCAAUGAAUCACUCAAAGAUCCCAAGGACCUAUCACCUCCCUGCGCUUCAGAGGCAGACAUCCAUUUAACUCGUAAACCAUCGGCAUCAGAAAUGAUCACAGAGCCAGUCUUUCCCUGCCAAUCCACCAAAGUUACUCACUCAGCCACCACAUCAGUGUGCCUAUCUGAUGCAGAACGGCCUGAGCCAGAGGGGGAAGUUGCAAACAACAGCGCUACAAUGACACAGGAUGACUGUUUUGCAGCUAUCCCGCUGAAAGCGCAGAGAGUGGUCUCAUCACAGUUCGAGUCUCCAGAUACACCUACUUCACCGCAUGAUUUUAAUCAACACAUUCUAACCAGCACUCCCAAUUCUCUGGUCCUGACUUCCAAAGCCCAAACAACGCCAUUGACGCCACAGGAAAUCCAGGUUCACAGCAAUCACGGAAAUCAGCACGAUCUGGAAGUUCUGGCAGCUGGACUCAUAACCGAGGUCAUCUCGGCAGCCACCCAGCAGGUCCUUGGUGGCGCCGGCUGCUCUCUUUCUGACAGAAGGCAGCAGUGUCACCAACUUCGACCAUCAAACCACCAUCAAAUAAACUGUGAUGAAACCCAGAACAGAGAGCAAGUGCUCCCCAACGGUUCUUCUUCAGCCUCGGAAUGGGAGUCUGUCGAAGUUCAUCAGAUAAACAAUACACAAAAAGAACCUAUGACAGAACUGUCUCACCAAGUAGCAGACUGUGCGCCUCUAUUAAACAAUAAAUUCAAAGGUGAUGAAUUGGCUACACAAGACUGUCAGUCUGAGGACAGCAUGAGCAAUUGCAACGACCAACAUAGUCUGUUUGACAACGAAAUAGAUGUCUUCCAGGUUACAGACUUGUCAGAAAAAGAAGCAAUACAAGCCCAAGUGAGCGAGAUUCAAACAGCCACAGAGAAAAAUAUUUUUUCUUUGACGGAAGAAACCUCUGUGGAUUCAGUGUGUGGUAUAAAGAUGCUAGAUGGAAUGGAUCUAAGAAACGGAAUUCAGGGAUGUGAAAUGGAAACAGACCAGUCUGGAGGGUCUGAUGUGAACAGUAUGGACUCUGUGGACAGUGGCUGCACUAUGGGUGCAAGAGAAAAUCAUAGUAACUAUGCUUCCCCCUCUGAGCUUGUCAUCUGGGAGAUUGAGGUGCCAAAGCUUCUGGUUGGUCGAUUAAUUGGGAAGCAAGGAAGAUAUGUAAGCUUUUUGAAGCAGACCUCUGGUGCAAAGAUAUACAUCUCAACCCUGCCUUAUACACAGGAUUUCCAAAUCUGUCACAUAGAGGGUAUGAAACAGCAAGUAGACAAAGCCCUGUCUCUGAUUGGGAAGAAGUUUAAGGAUAUGGAUUUGACCAACCUAUAUGCACCUUCACCACCCCCGCUUACAUUGCCAUCACUCCCCAUGACUUCGUGGCUUCUUCUGCCCAGUGGUGUGACGGUUGAAGUGAUUGUGGUGAAUAUUGUAUCUGCCGGGCACGUCUUUGUCCAGCAACACACCCAUCCUACUUACCAUGCCCUAAGAAGCCUUGACCAGCAGAUGUUCUUAUGCUACUCUCAGCCAGGCACCCCCACCCUUCCUUCCCCAGCAGAAGUUGGUGUGAUAUGUGCUGCUCCAGCUCUGGAAGGAGCAUGGUGGAGAGCUCAGGUCAUCACCUUCUACAAUGAAUCAAAUGAAGUGGAAAUAAGAUACGUUGAUUAUGGCGGCUAUGACAGAGUUAAGAUCGACUCACUACGACAAAUAAGGUCUGAUUUUGUAACACUGCCGUUUCAAGGGGCUGAAGUAUUGCUUGACAACAUCGCUCCUCUCCCAGGUGAGGAUCGGUUUUCAUCUGAGGCCACAACAGCAUUAGAAGAGAUGACAAGAGGAGUUGCGUUGCUUGCUCAAGUCUCAAACUAUGACAACAACACAGGCCUCCCAUUAGUUCAUCUGUGGAACAUGGUGGGAGAGAAGGUUGUUUCACUAAACCGCACGCUAGCAGAGAGGGGCUUGGGUGUAUGGGUGGAAGGAUUUUGAACCAUCACUGGUUGAAGACACCACUGGAUUGUUGUUGUUUUUUCUUUGUUGUCCUGUUGUUUUUUUCCUUUAAAAAAGACAUUAAAUAUAAUUUUCAGGCAUAAUCCUUGGAGACAAAUACUGCUUCAAAAAAACUUUUUCUGGUUCUCUUGAACAAAGAUCCCAGUGAAAACGGCUAUAUUUAAAUGGGAACAAAACGGUCUUUAUUGUAAUUUAAAUAAAGGUUCAACCAAAAUAUUUCUCUUCCCCAGCUUACCUUUUGCACUGGGCUUUGGGACAUUAUUCAGUCAUGCUGUGUGAUAAGACUGUCAGACUAAUAUAUAUAUAUUAUAUAUAUAUAUAUAUAUAUAUAUAUAUAUAAUAUAUAUAUGACACUUUUGAACUGUAAUGAUCAACUUAAUGAGCGCUUUAGGUCAGUCAAUUUCAAAAUUGUUUGCAAAAAUGUCUGUAUACCGUGACUCAACAGGCAAAGUCAUUUUCUAAUGCUGCGAGGCUGAUUGGACUCAAGUUAAUAGGAUGUCAAAGUAGAGGGUGACCAUCUUGUGCUUGUAUUAAUGGUCUCAAAAUGCUGUUCACUGGCUGACUAUCGGUGAUACUUUUUGACAAAAUGUUUUGAAUUUUGACUGCCACAGAACCACAAAACCCAAGUAUUAAGAAUGGGGAAAGACGUUAAUGAUUCGAAGUUAAGCUUAUUGUUAUUUAAGUCUACGCUUUGAGUGCUACAAUGUUGUGAGACAUUUUAACCCAUCAAAAUGGCAAACCUAAGUGAUACAGAACUACUCGGCAUCCACUACAAAAGUUUCAUUGUUUGGGGUCAUUAUUCCCUCUGGAAACUGAGUGAGGCACAGUUUGGGUAUAUUGGUGGAUUAAGACUACAGGAGGAGUCCGAGGCAGUGUGGUUUACUUGAAAUUCAUAGACCUCUUUUUCACUGCCAUCCCUCCCAAAUUGAAUGUUUCGAUGCUUAAAAAUGAAUACUCAUAACUGACUUUCUGUGGCCUGUUUUACAUGAAUGCAGGAUUUGGACGUUGUGGGUACGAGUAGGGAUGUCCCGAUCGCAUAUUUUUGCGCCCGAGUUACCCGACUUUGAGAAUGCCGGUACAGAGUCUCAAUCCAAUAGAUUAUAUAUAUAUAUAUAUAUAUGUAUAUAUAUAUAUAUAUAUAUAUAUAUGUGUGUGUGUGUGUAUUUAUACACAUCCGUGUAUGUAUAUACAUACACGUGUAUGUAUGUAUAAAUGAAAGUUCAAACCUGUUACAGGACUGUACUGUCUACAUGUUUGGAACAUUUGUUCAAAUAACUUUUUUUUUUUUUUUUUUUUUUUUUUUUUUUUGUAUCUGAUCGCGACUUCCAAUCGGCAGAAACUCAAAAUCGGGUGACUCGGACUGGUGCAAAAAUAUGCGAUCGGGACAUCCCUACCGUUUACAGUACUUCCUCUUCCGCUUUUUUGUUGCGAAGUAUAAAACAUAUUUUUGUUUGUUUUGGCAGCGCCAUUGUAUUUCCAAUUAUUUUAUGUUUCAGCCCUGAAGUUGAGGGAAAAAAAAAAAAUUCACCCGAUUCCGAUCUUCUGAAAAAUGGCCCCAUUUCCGAUCAGGUGAUCGGUUCAGGGACAUCUUUGUUACUAGCAUUCAGUAGAAACAGAUUUGUAUUUGACUACCUGUCAUAUUUCUUGUAUUUUAAAUAGGGGGGG